CGUGUCUGUGUGCGUGUGUGUGUGAGAAAAGACAAAGAAAGAAAGGAAAAAAACUUCCUCGCUGCACAACGAGUUUGUCCGUUGCCAUGGUUACGAGUGGAGGCAACAUAUCCGAGGCUGAGCUAGCCUGGCUAGCACUGCCUGUCCAAGUGACUCACUUUGGUCUGAACAAAUGUGCCAUUUUCUGUUUCUUCAUCGCCAAGGGGGGAUGAGGACGCGUCGAGCCUCCUGUGAUCGCGACAGUUGCUGGUGCCUUUGAUGGCCGGUUCGACCUCACGCAGGAGUGGAGACGACGCCCGGGAGGAACCCCGACCAACCUCCUUCAGUGAACACACACAGCAUCUCAAAACCGAGUGGUGUGUUAUUAGACAUCACAUAUUGUUUUUUUCAUUCUUUUUUUUUUUAUUUCUCCCUUCACGGGCAGCGACUGCAAAUGAGCAACGGUCAGAAGAAAGAGCUCAGACCUUUCAGUCCCCCAGAAUGGCACAUUUCACCUUGAAGUGCAGUAUGCCACAGUAUCACCACAAUUGUUGAGAGACAAAGAAGCUGAAAACAUCAGAGUUAUCCAGCUUUGGUGGGGACCGGUCCAAGAGCUCUACUAGUAAUGUCAGGGAUACCCAGGCUCUGGCUAAUCAUCCUCAGGAACUCAACAAACUUCGCGUUCCAAAGCCUCCCAAGGGUCUUCAAAAACCACUUCUCAUGGCAUUUGUGGGUAAAAAUCUCCCAGUGAAUCUGGAUCCUGCCUCUCAGCCUCUGGGUCACGCAGGACUGGAAGGGAUUCGGUUUGAUGACCAAGGAAUGGUUCUGCCCCACAGCGUCCUGGGUAGUUUAGAGGAUUUCAGAAGUUAUCUGGAGGCCAAAGGGGAGAUGGAGUUGGUGAAGCAGAUCUCAAAGUCCCAGGGAGAUCCUCCACAUGAGGCCCCAGCCAGGCAUCAAGACCACGAGAAUGGACAUGAGGUCUCUUUAGGCCACGGAAACAUCCAGAGUAAUGCCCUGCAGAAUUGGCAAACAAAUAUGAGGGUGCGCAGACGGCAGCAGCACUACUUAUCCGAUUUGCUCCACAGACCGGCCCAGACCUUACUGAUGAACCAAGCAAACCAUUUCAGAGACACUCAGGAGCAGAGGGAACUUCUCAACCAAGUCCUGCCACUCAUCCACUUUGGAUAUGGUUGUCACGUGGGCAGUGAGUUUUGGAAACUCCCCCAGCGUUAUGGGGACGAAAUGAGUGGCAUCGCAGCCACUCUGACUCAGACCGAGCGGGGCAGACGGGAACCUGUGACACAUGUAGGACAGCCAAGCAGCAUACGCCAGGAAUCGGGAAUCAAUUUCGCUGAGACUCUGCGAACAGCCUCGAAGACGUGGGACCAGAGUGCAUACCUACAGAACCAGUACCAGCAGCUGGGGGAGGUUCUACGGGACAUGCACAUCAAAAAGCCCGACAUCAACGGACUGGAGGUAAUUGGCUCCGGCAAGCCAUUCACACUCGUCACAGUGUGUCGUAGUCCCUUGCUGGAGAAGGAAGAGGAGAAGGAGAAGGAGCACCAGGACAAGAAGGAGAACCUUGAUCCACUGGCACAGUAUGAUGAAGCCCCAUCAAAUGUUCUGCUCGUCCCUGCCUUGAGGUUCUGUGGUCAGCUCGCUAUGUGGACUGGCAACUGUGCCACUGACCAGGUACAGACAGGCCUUUACACACUUUUUAUUUUUGAACGCUGGCUUCGUCGUCCUCUCAAUUCACCAACACUCAUUGAUCAGGGAGAAGUUGGAAUUAGUGCCACAAUGAUCUUUGAGGCCCUGACUGGAGAAAGAGCCUCGUCCCAUCUGGAGAUGCACAAUGAGGGCACCACGGCCAUCUUCUACAGUUGGCAGCAGCUUCCCAGGCCACACAGCUUUCCUAACCUGCGAUCACAAACAAAGAAACCGCACUUCUACUUCAAUUCCUCCUCUGGUGUGAUCCUUCCAGGUGACACCCAGCGUGUGGAGUUCAUAUUUAAGUCGGAGAGGCCAGGAAACGAAACUGAAGUGUGGCAGCUCAACACUCACCCUGUGCUGCUUCAAGGAGCCUCCAUGCAGGUCACGUUGAGGGGAGUGGCUCUGUACCAGGACAUAACCGCCGACCAGAGGCUUUUCAUAGAGACGAAGCUGGAAAAGAUAGUGGCGGUAAAAAUGUGUCGGUCGAUGGCGUAUGAGGCGCUGCGUCAGGUCCACAGCCCAGAGAGACCCAGCUCUCCUGCAGAGCUCUACGUCACCGAGGAGCAAAGGUUUCAAAACAAAAACCCCAAGUUGCAGUACCUUUAUCAGCCAGUGGAGGACCUGAAAAAUCUGUGGCAGAAAGUGAAUCCAGGGAGCACCUGGGACCUCUCUGUUGAUACGCUCCGACAGGCUGUGCUGUCUCUGCCUGAGCAAGAGUCCGCUCAGGACACCGUCACCAGAGAAAAGAGCUUGGCCCACCUCAACUCCCUGCUUCUUCAGCUUUCUGAACCCUCUGAACUGAAACUGUGCUAUUUAACGGCAGCAGCUAUAGGACAGCAGCUGUGGAGGAGACUCCUGGACACGAUGGCAGGUGAGGCCAUGUGGCUCAGAAACCUGCUGGGCCUACCAGAGGGAGAGACAUGGAUCGAUAAAACGGAGGAAUCCCCAAUCUCUGAUGCUGAUGUGCCCGACAAUUUAAGCAAAGAUGAGGUGUGCGAGAAAAAGGGAGUAGCAGCGGCCAAAGAGGAGAGGAGUGGGCCGAGAUCCAGACCUAAAGAUGUCAACAAAGGAGACACCAAGUCACAGAUGACUGAAAAAUCUGUGGAGGAGAGCAAGGAGAGCAAGAAGAAGGGUAAAAGAAGAGAUGAAGUGGGGAGGCGCACCAAGGAGAAGCAAGGGAAGGAGUCUGUCUCGCUGAUUGAAACCUGUCCAGAAAGCAUCGACCAGCCACUUCCGGAGGUCGAAGAUGUGGAGCCCAAGGAUAUGACGGAAAUUUACACUAGGCUCCUUCAUACAAAGGUCUACGCUCUGGUGGAAGACCUGGUGGAGACCCUGUGUUGCCUGAUGGAUGAGGGAGACAAGGAGGACACGGGGAAGACACAGGAGCUCUACUGAAUAUUAGACAAACCAACGUCUCAUGUAAUACCCCUGGAUCUCUCUGUUGUCACACCUUAUUCUGUUUGGAAAACAAUAAAGCUUCUGUUUGUUCUGGCAAAGGCGGAGAUAUGGAGCCACCUUAA